AGAGGGAGGAGGGCUGGACUCCAUUAAGCCGAAGCCUGUUGGAAAACUGUUUGGGAUACUUCACUUCUUCAGCGAGUUCUUCGGGGAUUUAUUUCUGUUUUAUCACCUAAACUAGACUACAUACAUGAUUUAGAGAGAGAAGACUUGUUUUGUGCUGUGUAGUCGACUGUUUUAGUGUUUUUUCGUCUUUGUGAAGGAUGGCACUGGACGGGAUCCGGAUGCCCGAUGGCUGCUAUGCCGACGGGACAUGGGAGUUGAAGAUGCAUGUUACCGACCUCCACAGGGACGUUUCUCUGAGAGUCACCGGGGAAAUCCACAUUGGUGGAGUAAUGCUCAAACUCGUGGAGAAACUAGAUGUGAAGAAGGACUGGUCGGACCAUGCUCUGUGGUGGGAGAAGAAGAAGACAUGGCUGUUGAAAACUCACUGGACAUUGGACAAGUAUGGCAUCCAAGCUGAUGCAAGGCUGCUCUUUACGCCACAGCACAAACUGCUGCGCCUCCAGCUGCCCAACAUGAAGCACAUGAAGGUCAAGGUGAACUUCUCUGACCGGGUCUUCAAGGCAGUGUCCGACAUCUGCAAAACGUUCAAUAUCCGCCACCCAGAGGAACUGUCUGUACUACGCAAACCACGUGAUCCUAAGAAGAAAAAGAAAAAGUUGGAGGAGGCAGAGGAGGAUGAUCUGGAGCUUGAGGGUCCACUGUUAACCCCUGGAUCAGCCUCUGAGAUAAUUUACAUCGGACCUGUUAAAGGGAGCAUCUACUCUAGUCCAGGUUUAUAUAGCAAAACUAUGACCCCUACCUAUGACUCAAAGGAUGGUAGUCCUCUGUCGCCCACCUCAGCCUGGUUUGGAGACAGUCCCCUGUCUGAGGGCAAUCCCAGCAUCCUUGCUGUCAGCCAGCCUAUUUCCUCACCAGACAUCCUGGUCAAGCUCUACAAGCCCCAGUCUCUGUUGGACAAAGCCAAGAUCAAUCAGGGGUGGUUGGACUCAUCCAGGUCUCUCAUGGAGCAAGAUGUAAAGGAGAAUGAGGUGCUGCUCCUGAGGUUUAAAUACCACAGUUUCUUUGACCUCAAUCCUAAGUAUGAUGCCAUCCGAGUAAAUCAGCUCUAUGAACAAGCCAAGUGGGCCAUCCUGCUGGAGGAAAUUGAAUGCACAGAGGAAGAAAUGAUGAUGUUUGCUGCUUUACAGUACCAUAUCAACAAGCUCUCAAUCAUGUCUUCAGACAACCACAUGAAUAACAGUGAGAAGGAGGUGGAUGAGGUAGAUGCUGCCCUGUCUGACCUGGAGAUCACUUUGGAGGGAGGAAAGACAUCCAACACACUGGGUGAUAUCACAUCUAUUCCUGAGCUAGCAGACUAUGUCAAAGUCUUCAAACCCAAGAAACUGACGCUGAAGGGCUAUAAGCAGUACUGGUGCACGUUCAAGGACAUCACAAUUUCCUGUUACAAGAGUAAAGAGGAGGCACAUGGGACACCUGCUCACCAAAUGAAUCUGAGAGGUUGUGAAGUUACGCCAGAUGUCAAUAUCUCAGGUCAGAAAUUUAACAUCAAGUUGCUAAUCCCUGUGGCUGAUGGCAUGAAUGAGAUCUGGCUUCGAUGUGACACAGAGAAGCAGUAUGCUCACUGGAUGGCUGCAUGUCGUUUGGCCUCUAAAGGAAAGACCAUGGCUGACAGCUCGUACAACCUGGAGGUCCAGAACAUUCUGUCUUUCCUCAAGAUGCAGCACAUGAACCCUGACCCUCAGUUCAUUGAGCCGAUCACCACUGAUAUCAAUCCAGAGUGUCUAGUGUCACCUCGUUAUCUUAAGAAGUACAAGAACAAGCAGCCAGGCUAUAUCAGGGACUUGAUUUCGGCCCGGAUUCUCGAAGCCCACCAGAAUGUGGCCCAGAUGAGUCUCAUUGAGGCCAAGAUGCGCUUCAUUCAGGCGUGGCAGUCCCUGCCUGAGUUUGGAAUCACUCAUUUCCUUGCAAAGUUCCAAGGUGGGAAGAAAGAAGAGCUGAUUGGAAUCACCUAUAAUCGUUUGAUCCGGAUGGAUGCCCACACUGGAGAUGCUAUCAAAACCUGGCGCUUCAGCAACAUGAAACAGUGGAACGUCAACUGGGAGAUCAAAAUGGUAACCGUGGAAUUUGCGGACGAGCCAAGUCUCUCUUUCGUCUGUGCUGAGGUGGACUGCAAGGUGGUCCAUGAAUUCAUCGGUGGCUACAUCUUCCUGUCAACACGCGCCAAGGACCAGAACGAGUCACUAGAUGAAGAAAUGUUCUAUAAGCUGACCAGUGGCUGGGUGUGAGCUGUCCCAGACCAGCAGGGGUCAAUGAUUCUAGGUCAGGGGCCAGGAGAGGGAGUGGCUGAGGGUAGAAGGUGGAACUGAAUUGUAUGUGUUUAUUUUAAUCUGUUUCUAUCUUUUUAAGUGUUUGAAACUGCUGAAGAUUUCAGAACAGUACGACUAUUGCCAUGACUGACACAAUUUUUACUAUUUUUUUUUUUUUUUUUGCAUUAAUGCUGACAAGGUUAUUUGUUACUACACUAAAAACUGUUGGAUACAGCCCAGAUGAACUCCUGUGGUUAAACAGAAGCCUUACACUACCCUGAACCACCACCCGUCUCCUCUCCUGUUGGAAUGAUGCCCACCAACUCGCGUCCAUGACAGCCCUUUAAUCAAAUCAGAUCUAAACCCAAAGAUAUAUAUUUUUUCCUUUUUAGCAUUUUUGUCUUCUUUCUUUCUCCUCUAGACCAGGACUUUAAGAGUUGACAUAAGUCAUUAAACAUGUGAUAACAGUGCCACAGCUGCUUGUUACAUUUAAUUAUUUAUCUUUAAAGAAAGACUUAAUCAGUCUAAUGAAAAGUAUAUCGGUAACAGCAGCGGCCACUCAUCGCAGCUCUACAUGUCCACUCUGGUAAUGGCUUAAUUUCUGAAGUCCCAUGUAAGCACUUCUCAGUAUGUAGUCCUGUUUAUGAAGCUGUUGUAGAAUUUCCUUUGUUUUACAACUUGUCUGCUAGCUGACAAGUGAGACAUUGCGAGCCUUUGUUUGUAUUUAAAAGACUGAGCAUGUCAGAAAACACACUACAGCACAGAGCACUGGGAUGAGCAGUCUGUGGGUUUAACAAUCUGGUUUCCAGCUGAUCUUACUCUCAUUCCAUCAGCUGGCGCUUAUUUUUAAAAAUAUAAUGCUAGGUUUAAGGUUUGUCUUGUAUUUUUAAUGAUAAGCAGCAAGUUUGUUCCAUCUUAUGACAUAUAGGUGCACAAAAAUGUACUACAGAGCAUAAAUAAUUUUCCAGACAUGGUUGAAUAUGUUUUUUUUAAUCACAGUUUUUAAGCAGGUGGACAAGCAACCACAGAUGUAUCAUCAUGAAGUCUUGUACACUACAUGACAGGAUAGACAUGAUCACAAUCCCUUGUAGCACCUAUUAAUGCCCUUCUGUUUCUCACACCAUAUAGUAUUAUAUCAUUGUUAUAAACACCAGCAAAAGGUCACAAAUUAAAAAAAAAAAUGAAAUGAAUAUGCAAGCUUUCUUUUCCUCUCCUUGGUAUGAAGGAUCUAUAAAUGAAGUAUUAUUUUUUGUAACUAAUGUAAAAACACAAACGUUUUAUAGAAUUGUACAGUUGUUUUCUGCUUUUGGGGAUAUGGAGGUUUCUCCUUUCAGAAGAAAGGGGUUAAGCCAUCUGUCAACAUGUAGUAUUCAGAAAUGUGCCUGCAAAUGUUGUGGUUUUACUGAGUUUUCAGAUGAAGAUAUAUAUGAAUAUAUAUGAAGAUAACAUUAGUCUCAAACUCCCGUCUUGGUUAAGUUGUUUAAGUUACAGAUUUAUAUGCAGCUUAACACUGCGUUCGGUGUGCCCUAUUGCAUUUGAGCUUAUAUUUUAACUUUCUCUUCUACUAAUAAUGUCCACUUUUGGCCCACAGCGGCAGUUCUUUUUUUUUUUUUUUUUAAACUUGAUGCAUUUUCUGCAUAUUGAACUCGCUCAAUGCUUUUUAAAAUGCUUCACUUGAUUUUGUUUUUUGUCACAACUGAAGUAUCCACUUGUUAUUACAUGAAGGAGACCCUGGAGUUUGGGACAAAUCAGCAAGAAAAAAAAAAAAGCUUAACUGGUAAGCCAAAACCAAGAUUUGUUUUGUUUUGUUUUUUCUUCCCUCUGAUGUUGUUUUGUUUGCCUCCAGUGUCCAGAGCAGUGGUGCAUGACCUGCUGUUCUGUUUUCUGACUGUAAAAAUGCAUUUAUUUUAAAAAAAUUAAUAAAGUAAUUUUUAUUUAAA